AACUAUUGUUGCUCAACGUCUUACCCGUCAUCAUCACUCCUGCCAUAAUUUCUGUUAGCUUUAGCUGGCAAAUUUGUUAAUCAUCAACAUGGAUUGAACGGACUAUGACUGUCAUUUUUCACAUGGCAGGGCAGUGGAAAAGCAAUUUAUCUGACGGUUACAUGAGAGGAAUAAGCCCGUGUCCUCAGCUUCAUCGGAACAGAGGAAGAGGAGAGAAGGUGAGCACUGACCAUGGAGGCUGUAUUUCACUCUCUCUUCACCACAGCUGGCCAGCUGCCUUGGUUGCUUCUGACUCUGUUUACGUCAUGGACAGUCUUGUGUUCAGCAGAUAUAAAGCAGACAAGAUGGCCAUUAUAUUCCCAGAAGCCAGUUCUUCUUGCCUGGAAUGCCCCAACAGAAGAGUGUGUCCCACGACAUGGUGUAACUUUAUCUUUGGACCAGUUUGACAUUGUGGCAUCCCCCAAUGAGGGCUUUGUCCGGCAGAACCUUACAAUUUUCUAUAAGGAGCGUCUUGGGUUGUAUCCCUAUUAUGAGCGUGGUGGAAUUGCAGUGAAUGGAGGCCUUCCACAGCUUGCCAGCCUCACUCAGCACUAUGAAAAGAUGUCUGAAGGUUUGCAAAAAUAUAUACGUGAGCCAGAGGCAAAAGGUUUGGCUGUUCUUGACUGGGAGGAGUGGCGCCCAUUGUGGAUCCGAAAUUGGGAUAUUAAAGAUAUCUAUCGAAUUAAAUCCCGUGAAAUGGUGGCCAAAAAGAAUCCUAAGUGGACCCCAGAACAAGUGGUGAAAGUUGCACAGCAGGAAUUUGAGCUAUCAGCUCGCAAAUUCAUGCUGGAGACUCUGAAACUUGCCAAGAAUUCGAGGCCCAAUCAACUGUGGGGCUUCUACCUGUUUCCAGAUUGUUACAACCAUGACUACAGGAGUGGCCUGAAGAACUACACAGGCCGCUGUCCUGAUGUGGAGAUGGACCGCAAUGACCAACUUAACUGGUUGUGGAUGGAAAGUACAGCAUUCUUCCCGUCUCUAUACAUGGGCUCUGUACUAAGCUCUACAAAUUAUGGCCGCUUCUUUGUCCGAAACAGGGUAAAGGAGGCGAUGCGCCUGGCAUCUGUUGGGGAUGGAUUAGCACGUCCUGUUUUUGUUUAUACCCGCCCUACUUACAUCAAUCAGAUGACCCCCCUAACUGAGACAGAUUUGGUCUCCACCAUUGGUGAGAGUGUUGCUCUUGGAGCUGCAGGUGUAAUCUUCUGGGGGGACACUUCCUAUGCAAACAGCCGUGCCAAUUGCUCCACCCUAAAUGAGUAUCUUCAGGGACCGCUGCGCCGGUACCUGCUCAAUGUGUCUACAGCAGCAGAACAGUGCAGUCAGGAGGUGUGCAAAUCCCAUGGCCGCUGUCUGCGCAAAAUACCAGACAAUGAUGUGUACCUGCAUCUCAGCCCCUUAACACACAGCAUCACCAGUCAGGGUGGCCGGCUGAAGGUUACAGGCGUGCCUGGCCAAGCCGAGCUGGCUCUUUUCCACACACACUUCCAGUGCCAAUGCUACAGUGGGUACAGGGGUGAAGCCUGUGCUCAGAAAGAAAAAGGGCAGAAUAAAGCCUCCUCUGUCUUAGGCACCUGGCCCCUUUGCCUUUUACUCCCACUAGGACUCCUCACUCUGCUACACUGAGGAAACUGAGAAGCCCAAACUAUUCACUGCUUCUGCCAGCCUGGAAAAGGACAGUUCGACAUAAAGGUGGUACGUUUCUGUGCACUAGUGAUUUUGGUGCGUUGACAGCAGCAGACAGUCAGUCCUGUCAUCAAAGAUCUCCCAGUAUGACAGGAGAUUUUUUAUCUCCAGCACACAGACGCCAUCUGACAGGAAUAUUUGUGUCUGACAAACUGGCAGAGCUCCAACCUCAGGACCACCUCAUGGAACUGAUGUCCAUCCAUCAAUAUUGCAACUGGGUAUUAACUUAUAUCAAAUGAUGUCAAAACUGCCAUAAUCCAUUCUCACCCUGACCUCCAGAUGAGGAGAUACUGUAUACUAUCACACCACAUUCAAUGGGACUACAAUGUAAUUGUGGGACUGAUAAAAUGCUUUAUGAAAAAAGAACUGCUUAACCUAAAAGUUUUUGGAUUUAUCUAUUUUUUGUGAUGGACACAACAACAGAACAUGAGGCUUGAGCAAAAAAAGUGUAAGAAAGGUACAAUUGAUGCCCAGCGACAUAUAGUAUUGAUUGAUAUGAAAUUAUAGUUGUUGAUGUUACAACAAAAGACCUUCCGAUAUUCCGCAUUUGCAUAUUGCUGCCCAUUUAUACAAAACAGUUUGUAUCUGUUGAUGGAUCAGGCUGUUACGUGUUAUGACAUAUAGCCUCUUGAAUGAAAUAUAAAUAGUGAAUUAUGCCAGAAGGUGAUAAAUUAGAACAAAUGUCUUAAAUCUCUUUGGCUAAUAGAAACAACAUGGCUGGACCUGCCUGUUUCAGUUCAAAAUUGUGCCUUAACUGGGCUAUGAAAUGCUCUUUCCUUUAUGGUUGCCUUUGUUUACAAGUUGUGAUUAUUGAGGUUUUCACAGCAAUGUUCAUCUCAGCCUCUGCUGGGCACAGUGCUUUAUACCAAUAUUAACUACAAAUGCCUACCAGUUUUUUUUAAUUUUUAAUUAACAAGGACAAUGUAUACAAAAGGAAAGUGUGGACAGACCUGUAAAGAAAAGAUAAAUGUUAGUGUUUAUUUGCAAAUCGUGUAAUCUAAUUUACGUGGAUGUCAUUGUGAAAACAAGUUGUCUUCAUGUCAAAAAAACUUAUUUUCAGCCUCCAGGUAAUAUAUCUUUUGCCAAUUUCUUGUUAAUAUCAUGAGAACAGACAGCAAGAAACAACAAGCAAUUGUAUUACAGAAAUGCCAAAAAUAAGUUUAUUUUCCAUUAUACCACAAUUCUUUACUAACCAAAAUAAGAAAUUAUUUUGAAAAUGUUUGUGUUUAUCUUUAAAAAAAAGUUUGACUGUUACUUAGUACUUAUGUACGUUUAGUGUGUAGUUUGACUUGCUUGCACUACAGCUUGUGUCGGAGUUCCUGCAAGUGACACUGUGUUGAUAGCAGCUACUGUAGCUACAUCUUCAUAUCAAAGUAAAUAUAAUUGCUAGACUGAAGCUAGCUGAGCAGUUUCAAAUGUAUACAGUAGCUUCUGUAUUUACUCUGUAUGGCAGUCUGCUCAAAAAAGUAUACAGCAGUAUUUAGCUACUGUUAUGUAAAAUGUAUUUUAAACUCCACCAUACUACCUAAAAUGAGUUUUGAUACCAGCAGGCAGGUGGUAGGUUUUACUGUUUUUCACAAACUCACACCAAUCACACCAAUAGUAUUGCAGUAGAACUUUUAAUGUAUGCUACAAACUUUUGAAAUUCUGCACUUUAACUAACAACUAAUUUUAUGUUGAGGUGGAUCUGGCUUUAUUCCAUGUACAUGAAGUGAACUUGUGUUCUGUUGCUGGAUACAGAAACCUGCAUACAGUCAGUACAUUACACUAUAUUAUGGCGUUUUUCCAUUUAAUGCGUCAUGAUAGAGAUGUGUUCACUGUGAAUCUUGUCUGAAAACAAAUGAGUGUUAUGAUUGUUAUACUUUCCUUUCCUUUAAGUCAGUAGCAUUAAUGAUCUAACAUUUUAUUUAGUUUGUCAUUAUCUUUGAAGAUGUAAGAGAGAGUGAGGGCAAAGAUUGCUGAACAAAGUAAUCAGAUUUAACUAAUGUUGGUGAAAACAAGGUCUUAAAACACACUAGUCGCUCAUGUCACUCAUGUAUAUUGCAGAUAAUUUGACCCCACUGUUAUUGACAAGCUUAUGCCAAUGAUCACUAUUUACAUUUCAAUAGUAGGCCAUAAAUCUAUAUGUUAAAGAGAGGAACCAUACUGUUGUUUUUCUGUUGUGAAUGUGUGUUUUUAAUUUGACAUGACAUCUUGUUCAUCCCACAACUUGCUUGAACAGUUGUUUGGGUUUUUUUUACUUUUGUACCACUACACCUCUCUGUUUUAGAAGCGUUUCAUUGUUGAUAAGGAAAUUACCUUAAUUUAAAAGCCUUAUUUUUCCAAAGUGUUUUGAUUGUGUCGUUCAAAACAAAGUCUGAAAAAAAAAUUAAAGGGUUGCACAGGAUUUUAAUGUUUUGUAUUUAACAUUUCAUUUUCAACUUUUACAUCAGAGAAUUUGAUUAUUAAAAAAGGAAUUUGAAAGUAA